AUGGCCGAACUCCCCCUUUCAUUCGGAAGCACCAGCGGGCCCAAGCACAACCAUGCCCCAGCGAAACCCAAGCACAAGCACGAGGACAAGGGCAAACCAACCUCAUCAGCCACGACGACGGCGACUACUCCAGCACCGGUCAUCCUCAGUCCGGGGGCGAAUGCCAAGAAUGCGUACGCUCAACGACCACAACAGCAACAGCAGGAUGCCCAGUCGCAUGAUCAUGGGCGUGCAGCACACGGAGCACACGGCCGGAGCGGACGAGGUGCAGGGAGAGGAGGAGGGAGGGGCGGAGGGAGAGGCAGAGGCAGCAAUGACGGACGGGCCAACAAGGUAUGGUACCCCCUUACACUCUAUUCGUGACGCAGCCUUGCCUCGCUCACCCAACCUCUUCCACGCUCGCUCUAUAGCGCCAGCGAUUCGACGCACCACCCUCCCAAAACUCUCACCACGAUCGUCAAGGAUCCGACAACUCACAGCCGAAAGCGUAUUUCAACGAGGAUAUGUUUGAAGAUCCGUGGAGACAUUUGGUUCGAUCUUGA